AUGGAUGUUACCUUGGAUGAUAAACUGUCUGCACUGCAGCAAAUCAGUCAGCAGAAGCUUAUAAAAAUCCUGGAUACCAUCCCAGGAUCAAAGGAUCUAAUAAUAGAACAGAAACUGAUGAAAAUACUGGAUAGCUUUGUAGGAGUGACCAUAUUGAAGCGAUAUGGAGUGAACAAGAUUUAUAAAAUGGAGGAAGGACUGAAAUUGUCCAAUAGUCAACGUAUAUUUUUAGUAUCUAACAAUCUUAUCACGUGCAAGAGAGUCCUGGAUCAGGUACAGUCCGAAAUAUCCAUCACCAACAAACCUCAUGUCGAAGUGUGCCAUCAUUUGUUGGUCAUGCCAUUUGUGCCACCUGUGCUAUACAAUCUAGUUGAAGAGGAAGGCUUGUCUGAGCUGAUUACAUUGCGGACGUUUUCCGCAGAAUUUAUAAGAUUAGACGGAAAUGUUUUAUCCCUGGAAACUCCAAUGUUUAUCGAUCUCUACUAUCACAAAGAUACCAGUCCUCUGCGAGCGUUAGCGCGCAACCUGUGGUCGUUGCAACUGAUUUUUGGGUCGCCAAGACUCUCGCUCUUUCUCGGUAAGCACAGCCAGCAGAUGAGCAAGCUGAUGGAAUCCAUGGAACAGGGUCUGGGCUCAUCCAGUCUAGAAAACGAAAUCGGUGCCUUGAUCAUGAUGGACAGGAGUUUUGAUCUGGCCACGACUCUCUUAACGCCCGUGACUUAUGCGGGCCUCUUGAAUGAGGUUGUGGAGGUGAACGUCGGUAUGGCGACAUUGGGAAAAUCACAGACCAGAUUAGAUCCGAAUAAAGAUCAGAUCUAUGGAGAAGUGAGAGAUACGCCCUGCAGCGACGCCUUCCCGAUUUUACACAGGAAAGCCAAGUCACUUAAAUCCGAACAGGAAGCAAUACAGACGAUGCAGCUGGCCGAGAUGGAAAGAUACGUGUCGACAAGAUUGCAAAGGACCAGAGACAUGACUCGGCAAUUGGCAUUUCAUAUAUCUGCGUGCCAGACUAUCGCGGAUACGUUAGGCUCCGAAUUUCAAGUCUUGCAGACAAUUGAAAAACUAAUGCUCGACUGCAGGGACCGAAAAGAAUGUUUGAGUUAUAUCGAGAGAAAUAUAGACGAACACGCGUUGCGUUGCUUGCGUCUCCUAUGCCUGUUGUCCAUCACUACCGAUGGUAUUACGCAAAGCGAGCUACAAAAUAUUCAAAAACUGCAUCUCCAUUGCCAUGGUUAUCAGCAUAUUCCACUGUUCUACAAGCUGCGCACAGUUGGCUUGCUAAAGUAUAGAAACGAAUACAUUUUACAUAAAUUGCCGAAUUGGAGCAGCGAAUGGAAUAGUAAUGCGCAAAAAUUGAAGCUGUUACCCAGUCAUUCCAAGCGGUCCGAUCAGAAUGGUCGUACCUGUGCCAGCUAUGUAUUCAACAACGCUUAUAUACCUGCGAUAGCACAGAUACUAAACAUUGUAUCGAAUCAAGAGAAAGACCCUCGCAGUUUUGAAGAUCUGGCAAAUUUAACAGGUUGUGUUGUAAACGGUCAGCGAGGCGCGUUGUCGCCAAAAAUGGUUGUGGUCUGCGUGAUAGGAGGCAUCACCUAUGCAGAAAUAGCGGCCUGUCGACUCGUAGAGAAAUCCACGGGAAUACGCCUCGUUCUUACAUCCGACACUAUUCUAAUGGGUAGCAAACUCAUCCAGAGGAUACAAAAGAUAUGAAAAUUCUCUCGACAGCCAUUGGAAAUAUAAAAAUGUUGUUAUCUUUUCAUACAAUAAAUAGACAAAAGAUUAUACAUAUUUAUUUUAUAUAAAUCAUAUAUAAUACCUUUUGUGAGAAAAAAUGCAAAUAAUUUUGCGGUGUCUCAAUGGGAUACAAUUGUUUUUGUCAUUUUUAAUAACGCCAUCGGUAUUAUUUAUAUAUUGGUGCUUGAACAUUACAAUAAUGUUUGACACAUGAAAGUUUGGGUAUUUUCCAGAUUACGCGAUACUGUCAGUGUCGCGUAGCUGGAAAGCAUCAUAUAUCUCGCACCGUUUUAAUAUUGAUGUUUUCAUGUAAUUAAUAAUUUCUAUUCUCUUCUCGAUUACGAUCACGAUCGCGAUCACGAUCACGCCUCUGCCGGCCCCAGUCUUGCCCUUGGCGAUUGUAAUUCUGACGAUCGCGGAAGUUGCCUUGGUUUCCUCUUGAGAAGAAGUUACCUGCAAAAAUGUAUUAUAAAUUAGAAUUUGUGUAAUUUUUAUGCUACAUAAUGAAUGUAAGAAAGAUGUGUGAAAAUGUACAUUAAAAUAAAUUGAUAUAUAUAUA